UGGAAAAAAAAUGGAUCUCUUCAGAAGCGAUAGCGAUAAAACCUCCUAUAAUGAUAAUGAAUUGUUUAAUUAUUGGAGCUCGAUUAAUAAAGAAAAACUAAAUCAACUAAGCAAUGAAUUAUUUCAAAAGGCAAAAAUUAUAGAUAGGAAAGAUAAGAAGAAAAUUAAUCCUGCGGAUGUAUUUGACAUUCGAAGGCGAUUGUCGGAUGAUAAGCAGAAACGAAAAUACUUACCUAAAAUAUAUGAUCCUUUCGUGAAUGGAGGCUUUCGUGCAGAAAUCCAAAACAACGUUUCACUUCGACCCUUUAUUACAAAUGAAACUGACACAACAAACUCCAUUUUGGUAAAUAAGAUUCAUGGUCUCCUUAUUUCUAAUAAUAGUAAUUCUCCAGAAUUUGACCAGAAAAUAGAUCAAUUUGAUAGAAAAUUAUUAUUAACUAAAAUUGGGUUUUUUGUUAAGUUAAUCAGUAAAUUUUCGGAAAAAUCAGUAUCAAGUUUGGAUUUUGACGCACUUCACUUAUUUCCAGAACAUGAACAAGGAAAAAUGUAUUCCGAAGAAAAAAAAAACUUUUUUUUCGACGCAAUUCAGACUACUCAUACCAACGAUACAAUUUUCACUACAAGUUUAUCGAGUGAAAUAAACGAAAUAAGUAAAGAAGUUCCUCGAUGGGAAUACCAAUUGAUCGACGACAUCGAGGUAGGGCUGAAUCCUGCCAUACACACAAAGGAUCCUCAGAUUUGUUGCCGAUUGCCGGGCGAGCAAAUUGUUUUCAGUUGUGAGACACUGUUCUCUAAGACGGAUGAGGCUUACAAUCGGGAUUUUUCGAGGAAGCAUCCAUCAAUAGACCCAAGUACGGACUUUCGUAUCCCGCAUUUUCUACGGGAAAUGGAUUUCGACCGAGAGAUUAUCAGAGGAUCCGUGCACGGUCAAAGGCGUAAAAUAGCCAUUUUGAAACUCUUUCAAGCAAAUGUCCAUUCCCCUAUUUUUGUAGACAACUACCCAUUUGGUGGUCUUUUCGAUGAUAUCGUCCAAUAUGUGAAAGAAUAUUUCAGGAAACCUGGUACUGAUAAUUCGGAAUUUUUGCAGUUUCAGAAAGUGCAAGAAGAGAGACGGAAAGAGGACCAGAAAGACGAGAUUGAAAACAGACUUGAAAAAAUCGAAGAGGCCUGGGAGAGCAUUCUAUAUGGUCUAGUAAUCAAAAAUUUUGUAAUAUUAUUCCAAUCAAUAUUUAGAAAAUAUAUUCUAUUACCUUCAUUGAUAAUCACUAAAAAUAUAAUUCGUAUCUUAUUAUUUCAAAAUCCGGAAUGGUCAGAAGAUUUUAGGGAUUGGAGAAAAGAAAUCCAUGUUAAAUGCACCUAUCAAGGCGUUCCAACAGGUAGCAACGCAUUGCCAAUCGACUGGUUCUGGGGCGGUCUUCAGAUAAGGGUCUUACACCCUUUUGUUCUGAAACCUUGGCACAAUAAACCUAAGGUACGAUCUACUGAAAAAAAAAGAUACACUCCAAAAAGCGUACUUGAAACAACCGCCUUUGAAAAAAACUUCUUGUUUUUAACAGGUUAUGGAACACUAGUCGAAGCGUAUACUGCUGAGCAUGUCCCAAACCCAUUUGCAUUUUUGGGUCCUAUUUUCAAUCAAAUAACAAAACAAUUGAAAAAAGAUUUGAAAAAGUCUUUUCGAAAAUUUGAUAAUCAAAAAGAAAGAAAAAACAGGUCUCCAAUCCUGGGAGAAGAAUUAAAACAAAUAGAAAACGAAUUGAGUGAAAUCCAAAAAAAUUCACCAAUUAAUCCAAUGAUUGAGGAAUCACCCGAUAUAAUUCAAUCUAUUAAUCCAAUGAUUGAGGAAUCGCCCGAUAUAAUUCAAUCUAUUAAUUGGACAAAUUCAGAAAAAAGGAUAAAAGAUCUGAAUGUUAAAACAAAGACGAUCUUAAAACAAAUAGAAAAAAUGACAGAAGAAAAAAACGAGGGGGUUAUAACUGAUGCUAAAAGAUUAGAAUUAAAAAAAAAUCCUUUCCAAAUUCUACAAAGAAGAAACGUUCGAUUAAUCCGUAAAUCCUAUUGUUUUUUUCAAAUUUUCAUGGAAAGGCUAUACAUACAUAUCCUUACUACUAACUAUGUAGAAGAAAUCCAUUUACAAUACAAAAAAAAAAAUGAACAAAAAGUUUAUAAAAUAAAUCAAAGUAUAAUUCCCUUUAUGUCGACUAUAGAGAAACCUUGGAAUAUGAAUUCAGAGAAUUCUUGUGAUGUAUCUUCUUUGUCACAAGCCUAUGUAUUGUUUAAAUUAUCUCAAAGCCAAGUUAGUAAUGGAUAUAAGUUAAGAUCUAUUUUUGAAUCUCAUGGAAGAUCUUUUUUUAUGAACAAUGAAAUAAAGGAGUAUUUAUUGAGAAUACAAGGAGGAAGAUUAAAUUCAAAAUUAAGAGAUAAGAACCGUCCCGAUUCUAUAAUGAAUCAAUGGACAAAUUGGUUAAAGGUUCAUUAUCAAUAUGCUUUACCUCAGAGGGCAUGGUCGAGAUUAGUACCACAAAAGUGGAGGAAUAGAAUCCAUGAACAGCGGGUGGCUCAAAAUAAGGAUUUAGAUGAAUAUGGUUCAUCUCAAAAAACCCUAUUCAUUUUUUCCAAAAAAGAACAAGUGGACUUCGUAGAAUUAGAAAACGGAGCAGAAGUCGACUUAGUAAAAAUGAAAAAAAAAAUAAAAAAACAAUAUGGAUAUGAUCUUUUCUCCUAUCAAUAUAUAAAUUAUGUGGAUAAGAAAAAAUCCUAUAUUUAUGGAUAUAAAUCACAGUCUUAUAACACACCUAAAAAUAUCAAAGAAUUAUUUGAUAUAAUGGGUGAUAGCUUUAUCCAAAAUUAUAUAGGAAAAGAUGGUAUAGAUAUGGAAAAAAAUAUGGAUAGAAAGUAUUUUCAUUGGAUGGGAAAAAGAAAAAAGAAUUCCAUAACGAAUCAGAAAGUAUUGACCCCAAGAUUUGGUUUUUUUUCAAAAGUAAGUGCAUAUAAGAAGAAUCCUUGGAUCUUACCACUAGAUUUCUUUUUUAUGCCGUUUUAUACAAACAGUAACAUUACUGAUAAAAUGCAGUUAAAGUUAGAAAAGAAAGAAUACGAGAUUACAGAAAAUCUAAAUUUAUAUCUCGCAAAGUAUUAUACGAUCCGUCCCCAUCGUCGCCGUCGUGGUUCUAAGAUAAUUACAGAAAUGUCGAAUCUAGUUAAAGAACGUGAUUAUUUAAUAAACAAAUAUUUGGGUUAUUAUGGGGACUGUGGGUGUGGCAUCAAAGAGGAUAUGUUUCAGCAUUUUAACAUACAAGGUUACUUGCUUGAGUUGAAAAAGCUAAAAAAAUUCACUAUUGUGGCUAUCAAAAAGGGGGAUAUAAAUAUAGAAAAUUUGGUGCGUAUCACCAACACGGACUUUUGUUAUGGAAACGCUAGGGACAUAACAGAAUUGCGGGACUACCUAAUGUUUUUUAUUGAACCCAAUCGUGUUUCUAUAAAAAAUUAUGAACAAAUCUUUAUAUAUCAAAUCAUAAGCAUAGCAUUGAGGCACAAGCGAAAAAUUUCGAAAAGAAACUCAAAAAAUAGUCGUCUUGAGAAUUAUGAUUUCCUUAUUCCCGAAAAUCUUUUAUCCCCUAGACGCCGUAGAGAAUUGAGAAUUCUAAUUUCUUUGAACUCUAGGAAUAGAAAGAUUGUGGAUAGAAACACAAUAAAGGAGAAAAAAAUAAAUAAUUCUUCUGAAGUUUUGACUAAAAAUAAGGAUCUUGAUAGCGAUACAAAAAAACUAAAGAAUUUAAAAUUCUUUCUUUGGCCAAAUUAUCGAUUCGAAGAUUUAGCUUGUAUGAACCGCUAUUGGUUUGAUACGCAUAAUGGAAGCCGUUUCAGUAUAUUAAGAAUACAUAUGUAUCCUCGAUUGAAAAUUUGAUUGAAAAUCUAGAUUUUGGUUCUAUUUAUCAUUAUCAUAAUAUUUC